CAGAGUUGUGAACCUUUUUCGGACAAACGUCAUAGAAACGAACAGACUUAUCUCUGGCCUAUGGAUAUGAUAAAUGAUAAUGAAUAUAACGUCAAACAAGUUGUGGCCUAAGGAAAACACCUUGUUAGUUGUUUUAUCUGUUUAUUGUGAUUACCAUUUUAUCAUUACAUAGGUAUUAUUUUACAGCUUCAGAUUCUACCAGCAAGUGUAUAGAUAUUAAGGCAAUAUAAGAUUCAUAUGAUGUUAAAAAUUCCUACCUUGUAAUUAAAAUUUUAAAUAAGUUUACUACUUACAGUAAAAGUGCUAUAGAAGGACAUUUUUAUUUAACUUAGUGAAAUGGGGGGUUUAUUUAGUAAAAGUAAAAAGCCUGUCAGUAGGGUUACCGAACAAGACAAAGCUGUUUUACAGCUUAAACAACAAAGAGACAAGUUAAAACAAUACCAGAAGAAAAUAGAAUUAAAUUUGGAAAGAGACCGAAAGUUAGCUAAAAAACUAUUGUCGGAAGAUAAACGUGAUAGGGCAAAAUUAUUGCUGAAGAAAAAGAAAUAUCAAGAAAACCUUUUAAAGAAUACUGAUAUCCAACUAGAAAAGCUAGAACAACUUACACACGAUUUAGAGUUUGCUCAGAUUGAAGUACAGGUUCUUGAUGGGUUGAAAACGGGUAAUGAAGCUCUAAAGAAGGUUCAUGAAAUUCUUAAUAUAGAUGAAAUAGAAAAAAUAUUGGAUGAAACAAAGGAGGGUAUAGAAAAACAAAAAGAAAUAGAUGAUUUAAUAUCAGGUCAAUUAAGUCAGGAGGAUGAAGAAGAUAUUGAAGCCGAGCUUGAAUCUAUUCUUGAUGUUAAGGACAAAUUACCUGAUGUACCCAUGGAGACACUACCAGAAGAUGUGGAAGAAGAAACUCCAGAAAGACCUCAAAGGGUUAAAGCUAAAAGAAUUGCAGUUGAGGCUUGAUUGUAUUAUGUAUAUAUUUCCAGAUUGUUAUAUUUUAUUACUCUAUGAAAUAAAUUAAUUAAAAUAAAUUCUUAUUUAUACUA